ACGUACUGAUGCGCGCGGCAUCACGCGGAGGUGCUGGACACCAUUGCCGGCACAACUCUUCAUUCAACCCUGGCGGCGUGCGUCUCGACUGAGUAGGGUCGCGAUUUCCUUUGACAAUUUUAUCCCCAUCCUGUGUUUGUGACAGCUCGAAAUAGUCGAAUGAUCGAUUGUUAUCACGUGAGCGACUAGAGUGGCUUUUCCGUCUUCAAACUCGAAACGUCCGCAAAAGAACUCAGCUGAAAGUCGGUUCUGAUGUGGACACGACGCAUCGCAGUAACCCUCGCUCCCUCCCACCCGACGUAAAACCCAGCUGUCUCUGUUAAUCAUUCGUCUUAAAGGGCGUUCAACUAUGGAGAUUCGGCCGAACGUAAUUGCCGUGAAGUUGAUGAAAAGGGAAGGGGAUGGGUUGGGCUUUUUGGUGAAGCAGCGCUCGUGCAACCCCCCAGUGAUCGUCUCUGACGUGGUGCGAGGCGGGGCGGCCGACCAGAGCGGCCUGAUCCAAGUCGGCGAUCUCAUCCUCUCCGUCAAUGGCACGAGUUUGGAGACCGUCUCUUACAGCGACGCUCUACAGGUACUGAGGUCUGUGGAGGUGGGUAAACCGACGGAGAUCAUCCUCCGCGGGCCCGAGGGUUUCGCGACGAAGCUCGAGACCACUUUUACGGGGACGGGCAUCCCGAAAACGGUUCGUAUCACCACGGCGGAAAGCCCUCUGCGCUCUCUCGCCCUCUCCCCGGCUCGCAGACUCAUCAAGAGGAUAACCGGCAAUUCUCACGUCAAGUCAAUCGACCACAUCAACGCAGAAGCUCUCAAAGAGAAAGAGACUGUUUCAAAUGGACCGCUAUGCACUGACCACACCGACCAAAAGAUGGAGACGCCCAAGUCGUGCUCGUCAAUCGCUGUACAGACUUCCCCAGAAGAACCUGCCACCAAAGAUGUGAACGGACAGUGCAACGGCAAUGGCACGGUUGAAAAGCUAGACAAGACAAAACUAACGCUAGACACACUUUCCAUAGCCUUGAAGAGGGAGAGCGUCAACGGGAAUGAGCUUGGAAGGCCCACCGAGGACGGGCCGUCAUCUAGGCGGAACUCGACGACGCUGAGCCCGUCGGCAAAACCAAGGUAUGCCCGCAUGAAGAACUGGCUGAACGAUAAGCAGAUGACAGACACCCUCCACAACAAGGGAACACCGGUGAACCCCUGCUCGGGUACGAAGUGUCUAGGCUCGCUGAUGCGCCCUAACGCCGCUGCUCUGGCCAAGAGCGGCCGGCCAGCCGGCGAGGUCAGACCGAAGGAAGAAGUCUUAGAACACGCGAAAGAGUUCCUGGACGAAUUUUUCGCAUCAAUCAAACGGGCUAACACCCAGGCACACAAGCAGAGAUGGGCUGAGGCGAAGGCGCAGAUUGAGGAGAAGGGUUGGUACGAGCUGACGCAGAUGGAGCUGACGUAUGGGGCCAAGCUGGCCUGGAGGAACGCGCCGAGAUGUGUGGGCAGAAUACAGUGGUCCAAACUACAGGUGUUUGACGCCCGGUACGUGACCACAGCACGGGGCAUGUACGAAGCCAUUUGCAACCAUAUCAAGUAUGCAACCAACAAGGGAAACCUCAGGUCGGCCAUCACUAUCUUCCCCGCACGUACCGACGGAAAACAUGACUUCAAAGUGUGGAACUCUCAGUUUGUACGGUAUGCCGGUUACAAGCAGCCGGACGGGUCCAUUGUAGGUGAUCCGGCAAGCGUGGAGUUCACUGAGAUCUGCCAGAGCCUGGGAUGGAAGGGAAAGAACGGCCCGUUUGACGUCUUGCCACUGGUGCUGUCUGCCAACGGUCAGGAUCCGGAACUGUUUGAGCUGUCAAAGGACCUGGUGUUGGAGGUAGAGCUCAAGCAUCCUAAGUACGGGUGGUUCAAAGAGCUCGGAAUGAAGUGGUACGCCUUGCCGGCGGUGGCCAACAUGCUGUUCGAUGUGGGAGGAGUGGAGUUCCCUGCCGCACCCUUCAGUGGCUGGUACAUGUGCACGGAGAUCGGCAGAGAUCUGUGCGACAUCAACAGAUACAACUUCACCGAGCAAAUUGCCAAGAGGAUGGGGCUUGAUACAGGACGGGCGUCGUCACUAUGGAGGGACCUGGCUCUGAUCGAGGCUAACGUCGCUAUUCUUCAUAGCUUCCAGACUUGCAAUGUGACCAUCACCGACCACCACACCGCGUGCGAGUCAUUUAUGAAGCACAUGGAGAACGAACAGCGUCUGCGCGGCGGGUGUCCGGCGGACUGGGUCUGGAUCGUCCCUCCUAUCUCUGGUUCUCUCACUCCCGUCUUCCACCAAGAGAUGAUCAGUUACUACCUGAGACCGUCUUACGAGUAUCAGGAAGAUGCGUGGAUGACCCACGUGUGGAAGAAGAAGGAAGAUACCAAGAAGAUAAUGCCCGGCAAGGCGAAAAGAAAGUUUGGCUUCAAGGAAGUGGCCAAAGCCGUAAAGUUCUCCGCAAAGCUGAUGGGAAAAGCGCUGGCUAAGCGGGUGAAGGCCACAAUCCUGUACGCCACGGAGACCGGCAAGUCGGAGCGGUACGCCAAGACGAUCUGUGAGAUCUUCAAGCAUGCGUUCGACGCCAAGGUGAUGUGUAUGGAUGAUUAUGACAUCAUGCACCUGGAACAUGAGACACUGGUCAUCGUAGUGACCAGCACGUUCGGCAACGGAGACCCACCGGACAAUGGGGAGUCGUUUGGCCAAACCCUUCUGGAGAUGCGACAUCCGCCUAUGGACAACAACGACAACAGACCGCCUAGGCGGAUUAGGAAGGUUUCUGAAUCGAGCGAUGACGGCGGGCACACCAAACGGCUUAGUAGCAUCUCUAGCAGCGCCACCGAGCGGCGCCGGAAGUUCUCGCACCAGAUGAAAGAACGGGACAUGGAAAGUAUGGACUUGGACGGCGGUCCCCUCGGCAAUGUCAGGUUUUCAGUCUUUGGACUAGGCUCUCGGGCCUACCCAGGAUUCUGUGCGUUUGCGCAUGCGGUGGACACGCUUUUUGGGGAGCUAGGAGGAGAACGGAUCUACAAGAUGGGGGAGGGGGACGAGCUGUGCGGACAGGAGGAGUCUUUCCGCAAGUGGGCUAAAGGCGUAUUUAAGGCAGCCUGUGAUACUUUCUGCGUCGGCGACGAACUAAACAUGAGCGAGGCUAGUGCCACCCUGCUGAACAGUGACACCACCUGGGCAGCGGACAAGUUCCGACUCAUUCCGGCAGAGGGCGUUAAGGAGUGGGACAUCUGGGAGGGACUAUCAAAGGUGCACAGUAGAAACGUGGUACCCUGCCGACUCAUCUCCAGAGAGAACCUACAAGCUCCCGACUCCGGCCGUGAGACCAUCCUGGUGAGACUGGACUCCCAGGGCUCGGACGACCUGAACUAUGUGCCCGGCGACCAUCUCGCCGUCUACCCGGCCAACGAGGACCACCUGGUGCAGGCCGUGUUGGACCGCCUGGACAACGCUCCCGAUCCGGACUGUAUCGUCAACAUGGAGGUUCUGCAAGAGAAGCAGACUCCGCUAGGAGCUAUAAGAUCAUGGAUGACGAGUGAGAGACUACCACCCUGCUCUCUACGGACUGCCCUGUCUCGGUACUUCGACAUCACGACUCCUCCAUCACCUCAGUUACUGCAACAUCUCGCUACACAGGCCACGGACGAGGAGGAGAAGAAAGAACUGGAGGUUUUAGGAAAGGGAGACUCUAGGUAUGAAGACUGGAAGUUUGAGCGCACCCCGAACCUUGUGGAGGUCCUGGAGGACUACCCGUCCCUGAAGGUGGCCCCUACCCUCCUGCUGAGUCAGCUGCCCUUCCUGCAGCAGCGGUACUACUCCAUCAGCUCCUCACAGCUCAUGUACCCGGGGGAGAUCCACGCUACAGUCGCCGUCGUCAAGUUUGCCACUCAGGGUGGUGUGGGCCCUAUCCACAAUGGAGUCUGUUCGUCUUGGUUGAACCGAAUUGAGAAGGAUGACAUCGUACCUUGUUUCGUGCGGGCGGCACAAAGCUUCCAUCUCCCGGAGGACCCCACCGUGCCGUUGAUGAUGGUAGGUCCCGGGACCGGCAUCGCGCCGUUCCGCAGCUUCUGGCAGCACAGGCAGAUGGAGGUCACCUCUGGCGACCCACACCAUCGGCCAAAGUUCGGCCAGAUGACGUUAGUGUUCGGCUGUCGGCAGUCCAAGAUGGACGACAUCUACAAGCAUGAGACAGCACAGGCUAAGGAGGACGGCGCACUGACUGAGGUCUACACGGCGUUGUCCAGAGAGCCAGGCGUACCAAAGUCGUACGUCCAGAACGUCAUUCUGGACCUGAUUCCUGAGAAGGUGUGUGAUCUCCUGAUGAACCAUAACGGCCAUUUCUACGUCUGCGGCGACGUGUCCAUGGCGGCAGACGUGUGCAACACGCUGGAGAAGGUCAUGGAGAAACAACAGGGCAUGGCACCCAACAGGGCCAAGGACUUUGUCGACAAGCUGAAGGACUGCAACCGCUACCACGAGGACAUCUUCGGGGUGACCUUGAGGACGCAGGAGGUGACUGACCGAGUCCGGUCGGCCGCGCGUAAGAACUGGAUGCGAGUGAAGAGACUGCGGCCCAGCACGGUGGUACCGCCCACCAGAGGUCUAUCACCGGUACGUGAGAGUUCCUCCUUGUCGUCUACACCGAUGUCCACGCCCUCGGUCACCCCCGCCAACUCCCCUUACUCCUCGCCGCUGCACCGACCCGAUCCGACCGUGUGCGCGAACGGUGACUUACCAAGUCUGCAUAUUGAGGAAUAAAUGCACCCGCCACACAGUACAGGAAAACUGGUAACGAAGACGCCAAUACGUAAGGGCUUUACUUCAUGGGUAACAACGUAAGAUUUAAAUGUCGUAGGAUGUUCCAGCAGGCUUACCCUUAUUGUAUGGUUAUUGUAUUAUUUUACUUUACUAUUUAUCAAUUAUAAUCACUUUUGUUUAGUAUAGAGGAGAAGGGUCUAGCAUAGGGGUAGGUACCGGUACAACACCGGUUUUUCUUGUUGGACCGGUCCAAAAUCAGUGGACCGGGCUUUGGACCAGUUAAAGAAUUGACAGGUUAUACUGGCAGGCGUUCAAGUGUUUGGGAUGAAAAUAACAAUAGCAAAGUAGAGGAGAGUUGGUGGUCAUUUUGCCCAAGUUUCUAUGGUCAAACUCGACGUAAGUUAACAGAGACAGUUAGUGUUACUUAAUGAAGUUUUAAAACUAAACCAAAUAGGCUCCUUUGUAGUAAAAUUGACCAUUGAAUUGAGUAUUGCAAGUUUCCACAGCCAGUAAGGUCCAGGUCCGGACCAGGACCUUAUCUUCUGGACUUGGACCGUACCUGGACCUGAUCAUGAAUUUUCUGGACCGAUACCCACCCCUCAUCUAGCAUAAGGUACAUACGGUUGUCCCUCCUUCUGCACGUGUUGUAUCUAUUGGUUAUCGUAUUUUGUAUCAUGUACUUUCUUAUUGUGCAAAUAAAUGGAUAAAUAAAAAAGGUUAUGACAGAACCAAACACAGACAAGGAUCUCAAACAGCCUUUUCGCAACAACACAGCUGAGUUUUGCACAACAUAUGCACGACUGUUCCAAGUGACUUCGGUUUUCGAUCGUACGACAAUCGUACGACAAUUGUCUCCAGGUCCAAAAUUGCGUAGGGUGUACGUAGCGCGUGCCCAGAAUGUGAUGACACGUCAUAGGAAUGUAAUCAUAUUGGCGUAUAUAAGAAUAAUAUUCAUUGCUGAUAUACGUAUACACUUAGCGGUAUCCGAAGAGAAAUUGUAUCCAAUGCCCAGUACUCUGAUGCAAAGUUGGCCAAACAUCCAUUAGACACCGUACAUGUACAUUGUAUAUGCAUUUGCGUUCUGGGUACACGCUCUGAUGGUUACUCGUGCUUGCAUAUAGUGAAGUGGUCAAUAAAAGUAAAAAUACCAUGCAAUGCAUAGCCUUGUCCGACAAAGCAACACGUAUACAUAUAAGGUUUUUGUUAUCUUUGUAUGGUAGAAUUUUUGUAUCCCUACUUGGCAGUUUCAGUCGACAAUACGAUCUCUAGUAUUAUUUACCCUGACGUUCAAAUAAACAUAUAUCAGUAUAUCUUGAUUUAAGUAUAUACAUAGAUACGAAUACAUUUAUAUUGAAUUAUAUAUAUAUUGAAUAACACAUAUAUAGAUAUAUGAAUAUCUGAUAUGUGAUCAGGUACAUAUGUGCAUUGUGUCACACAUAUUUCAUUUAUAGACGAUAUUCACUUGCGAAACACAAUUUUGAUGAGGGCACGGAAAGAAAUCAUUUGGUUUUGUCAUCCGACGCGUUUGCUCCUUUUAGAGUACUGAUUUAAUUUUCGUCGUUUUUUAAUUGGAUAUUUGGUCAAUGUGACUUCAAUAGAAUCAAAUAUGUGUCAUCUAGCUUAAUUUCAUUGCCGUACGCAGACCCACGCCCAAGGCCUAUACUGGUAUACAGCAUAUCACAUUAAGGAGUAAGACGAUCUAAAUACAUGUAUACUAAAUACCUCGGGGAAGCUCUACUAAACUGGGCUGUGGUUUCCACUUUUGUGCGAGUGGUCUAUACACCUCUAAUCAACUGUCAGCCAAUCAGAGUAUCUUAUGAAUGUUUUCUGUAGAUAAAUCUGGUUCUCUCAUUGGCUGACAGCAGCUGGUUAGAGGCCAUGCCUACAAAAGUGGAAACCUCAGCCCAGUUUAGCAGAGCCUCCCCAAGAUAUUUAGUAUAUUCCGUGUUUGAAGCUCUGUAUAAAAGAAUGGACGCAUGUCCAGAAUUGUGCGUGAAGUGAAUACAGACAUCAGUAUUUGCCAUAGUUUAUAAGAGCCACUUCUCACCCUCUACCAGUACGUUUGGCUGCGUUUUUGAUGACGAUAAAAACAAUAAAAACAAUACCUUUUACAUCGUUUGAAAUGUAUGUGAAGAAUAAUUGAUACCAGUCACAAUGAGCUUGUCAUUGAAGAUGUUCAUAAUUUGUAAUGUUAUGUAUACAGAAAGGAAUAUGCUUAAAACAUGACUUGAUGUGGAUCUUUGAAGAUGUUAUAGGCUUACCCAAUGAAGAAAUAAUGCAUUGAAAACAUGUACUGGAGCGUUCAUGAACAUCUAAGAGGUACUUAUGAAUUGAUACUGUAGUGUGAUGUGUGCGAUUGUGCUUUGAGGCAAUACCCAAGAAAAUGCUACAAUCGCCUACAAUUUAUAUGCAAGGACAUUUUCCAUUGACUUCAAUUGAAUUCCAAAUGAUUCUACUUACAGAGCAAGUUUUUGAAUAUACCAAAAUCCAACGAUAGAUAUAUUUGAAUGUCACAAAUUAUAGUCAGUGUUUCGAAUAUAGAUACAUGUAUUACGGAAGUUCGUGGUCUGUUGUGCUGUUUGGUCAUUACGUGCACGUAAACAGGUCUGUCGUUCCAUUGUUCUUGCUGCUAAAAGUGGCAGUUAUGCAAAUUUUACCAGAACGGAGCUGCAGCGGCUUGACAGGCAAUCAACUACGAGUAUUUCUUGAUGUUGAUGUUCAGCAAUUUCAGAAUGACAGAGAAAAACUGAAUGAAUAGACGAUGUAUAUGAAAAUUACGUCACGUUUGAUUGAAAAGAAAUAUGCAGAGUAUAGAAAAUCUUUGAAAUCACUUGCUAAGCUAGCACUUGCUAGUAAUUGUAGUAGAAUUGGCCUCAUGAUCAUCAUGAACAGUUUAAAUGAAAAGAAUGAUGCAAGUAGUGAAGAGCAUUUUUUAAAAUAAAAUUGCAAGUGAUAAUGUCGUAGAGCUAACUGCAUCUUACUUGUAUUGAUGGAGCCGUCUUAAGAUAGACAAUGUGAAAGAAGUUGGCUUUACUACGAUUGCUUGUUGUUGCUGCUUGACGGUGAGGGCCACAUAUUUUAAGCAGGUGUGUUUGGAUGAUCGCCCGCACGAAUAUUGCAGAUUUCUAUCUUGCAAAAACAUGUAUUAGAUGUUCUAUAUGAAAUACUAGUACACUCUACAGGAUUUUCACAAGCUGAUGUAUUGUUGUCAUGUAUGUAUGAAGUGACAGUCCUUGUCGAAACAAUGACGUCUUUGGUCGCGGUGUGUGCAGAGAAGACAGAGAGACAAUCCUUGCUUUGUACAUGUUAGAGUCUAUGGAACAGCAUAGUGUGAAUUUUGGGUUGUUACGUCAGGUGAAUGGAUAAUAAAGCAAGUUC